AUGAAAGGAUUAGAGGAGAAAAUAAAUGAUAAUGAGUGGCUUUUGUAUAAUUUGGAGCGUCCAGCGACGCUAAAGGAUCGCAUGACUUUUUACACCCAUACGCGUUUUAACAGACGUCCAUAUAAAUCUAUUCGCUGUAUAUCAAAUAAAGGCGGUACACUACCCAAACUAUUCCUGUAUAAUGGGUUGGUUAAUUCGAAAUACAAUUUCUUCACAUUUGUGCCACUGGUUUUAUAUUCACAAUUUAGGGUGUUCAUAAACUUGUUUUAUUUAUCUAUGUGUUUGUCUCAGUUGAUCCCGAUUCUGCGAGUCGAGUCACCGAUAGUCCACUUGUUCCCGCUGAGCCUUGUGGUUGCAGUCUGCAUGAUAAAGGAAGGUAUUGAGGACUACAAGAGGCAUGUUCGAGACCGAGAACAUAACACACAGAAGUUUUCAGUGUACCAAAAAGAUGAGUAUAUCGAUGUGAGCGCAGAGAGGCUGAAGUUGGGCCAGUUGAUUACUUUAAAGCAAGGUCAGCGGGUCCCCGCAGACCUUUUACUUCUCAAGACUAGUGACCCGAAUGGCGCCUCAUUUGUAAGAACUGACCAACUUGAUGGUGAGACGGAUUGGAAGCUAAAGAGAGCAGUAGCAACAACCCAAGCAAUGAGCAACUUGAAGGAUAUUUUAGGUCUUUACUCAGUAGCCACAGUGGAAGAACCCAGAGACGAUUUCUACAACUUCACCGGUAAAAUCUGCUUCUACCAUACCACAAAGGCAGUUGACCAAAGUGAUCAACUUGAAAAUGGUGAAAAUUUAGUAAAUUUGAAAGAAAAUCCAAAGGUUGAUCAAGAAACAAAUGAUGAGAUAAAUAACACACCAGAAGAUACUGUUGUAAAUAAUUUGGAAAAUAUGAGUAAUGAAUUUUUGAAGAAAGAUGUACCCGGGAACAUUAGUGGAGAUAAUAUCUUUGAAAGAAGUAGAAUAGAUAGUACCUUUAACGAGUGUAAUAUAGAAGAUAGUAUAGCGAGUAGUAAGAUGAAUAGAACUUUGAGAAGUAAGUCUUUUAGAAAGAGUAAGUCAUCAGAUAUGGAAAAGAAGAUAGAAGGGAAGAAGAUAGUGGAAUCAUUGAAUGUGGAUAAUAUAGUAUGGAUGAAUUCUAUAGUGGCUAGUGGAACAAUUCAUGGUUUGACUAUAUAUAUAGGGAAGGACGCGCGAGCAUGUUUGAACUCGAAGCGAGCUAAGAUCAAGUACGGGUUGUUUGAGAAGGAGCUGAACCGACUCUUCAUUGUUCUCAUCUUGAUCAUGUUGGUGAUGUGCGUGCUGAUGCUUUCCCCUAGUGGUUUCAUGUCAAUGUGGUACGUGACGUUCCUAAAGUACCUGCUCCUGUUUUCCACCAUUGUGCCACUGUCUUUGCGCAUUAGCCUGGAAAUAGCAAAGUAUGUGUAUAACCGAGGAAUAGUGAUGGAUAAGAAGAUCCCAAACACAAUGCCCAGAACGACCAUGAUCCCGGAGGAACUAGGCCGGAUCAAUUACCUACUCACGGAUAAGACCGGAACACUCACCCAAAACGUUAUCUCACUAGAGAAAUUGUACAUUACUAGAGGUUACUACACAAAUGAGGACGUCGAAAUUAUUAAAGAUAAAAUCUCAAAUACGCCAAACACAAGCACACCAAGUAACGCUAGUAGUAGUAGUUCAGCGAAUACAAUGUUGUGUGAAGGUUCGGAACUUGUAAUUAUAAAUAAUAAUAAGUUGAAUGAUAAUUUGGAAAAUAGAUUAUACCUAUCAUUGUUAUCACUAGCAGUGUGUCACAACGUAAGACCGGUCCCAGAGUCAGACACAGCCCCUGACUCGAGUGAUCAGCUUAACAAUGAUAUAGAUAUUAACACUGGGUUAGAUAAUAACGGCAAAGAGUAUAAUAUAGUGGAUAGUUUACCGAAUAGUAAUAUAGACAGCAUAGUGGAUAGCGUAAUGGAGAGUGUUAUGGAGGAUGAGUUUGAGAGUGAUAUGGAUUUUCAAGGAAGCUCACCAGAUGAGAUAGCGUUGGUAAGGUUUGCAAACCAGUGUAACGUAAAGUUGGUGGAGCGAGAUGAUUACAAGAUGGUUUUAAUGGUGAAUGGGAGUCCAUUGAACCUGAGGAUUCUGUUUAUGAUUCCAUUCAGUAGCGAAACUAAGCGCAUGGGAAUCAUAGUGGAGGACGAGUCUGGGCACAAACACUUCUUUCUCAAGGGGGCAGAAGUGGUUGUGAUUCCGAUGCUACUCCCCCGAGGAAGUGUUUGGCUAUCUGAGGAGUGUGACAACCUGGCGCGCAUGGGUUUGAGAACGCUAGUAUUCGCAUACCGCUCGAUAUCAGACUCAGAGUACUCAAACUUUGUUCAAAAAUACAACGAGGCGAAUUUGAGCUUGUACGACAGAGUCAAGAAGAUCAGGAAGGUUACAGGAACACUCGAGCACGGGAUGUUGCUGGUAGGUUUAACGGGAGUCCGAGACAAGCUGCAGAGGAACGUAGGAAGCACUCUCGAGAGCCUGAAAAACGCAGAUAUCAAAAUAUGGAUGCUAACCGGAGACAAAAUCGACACGGCCAAGUGUGUCGCAAUCUCCUCGGGAAUGAUUCAAAGAAACAAUUCCAUCUUCCAAAUCUCAGUGGAUAAACUCAAACAAAUCACGCCUGAUUCAGGAGGUGCUGCAUUGGUGGUUGGGAGUGGGCCUCCGAUUUCAGAACUAAUUGAAUAUAUAAACAAUUUUAAUACUGACGAGAAUAACGAAAUUGAUGCGAUUACAAUGUUUAACUCGUACCUUAACUCAGUGAUGAAGGUGAUAACGUACGAACUUAACACGUUCAUCAUGGGCCCAGUAAACAAGACGUUACUGAUACUAGAUUCAUUCGUGAUUAACAUCUCAAUCAACAACUGCUUCAUAGGAGAUAACGCAGAGUACAACUCAGCAUUUAAGGCACUUAAGAGGCUGUUUAUUAAGUCGCUGUUGCUGGCUAACAAUAUCCUCUUCUGUCGAUGCACUCCUCAGAUGAAAGCAGAUAUUGUGAAGUUACUGAAGAGCGAGAACAAGAUCGUGUGUAGUAUUGGAGAUGGGGAUAACGACGUCCCGAUGAUUUCAGAGGCGAACGUGGGAAUUGGAAUUGUAGGUAAGGAGGGACUCCAAGCCUCGCUCUCGUCAGACUACUCUCUGGUGGAGUUCUCACACAUUAAGCGUCUUCUGCUGUGGCAUGGGCGCAACAGCUAUAAGCGCAGCAGUACAAUGUCAAAUUUUCUGAUCCACCGCGGUGUCAUCAUCAGCGUUAUGCAGGCGAUUUUCAGCACGAUUUAUUACUUCAUGCCAAUCGCCUUCUUCCAGGGCUGGCUGCUCGUGGGAUUUACCAGCUACUACAACAUGAUCCCAAUCUUUUGCCUAGUGCUUGACGAGGAGAUCAGUGAGGAGGACGUGAUGCUGUUCCCUGAGCUCUACGUUGAACUCAAGAAGGGCCGUGAACUCAACAUUAAAACCUUUUUGAUUUGGAUUUGGAUCAGCAUAUUCCAGGGCGCAAUUCUCAUGGUUGGAGCCAUAAUUCUCUUUGAAAACUCACUUGUGUCACUCAUCUCAAUUGGAUGCACCUCGCUGUUCCUCUUAGAAAUACUCAAUUUGAUAUCUGAACUGCAUCACUGGCACAGACUAACGAUCAUCGGACUCGUCUGCACUUGCAUCGUCUAUUUUUACUCUCUUCUGGUAUUCAGGAACAACUUCGACAUGGAGUUCAUCGCUCGAAAGUCCUUCUUCUGGAAGGUGAUUGCAAUUUCAAUGCUCGGUUGGCUUCCGAUCUACUUCAUCAAAUUUCUCACCAAAUUACUCAAGCCGCCGCAAUACAUCAAACUUAUUGUUACCUAA